AUGUUUCACAAAGGGUUCAAUGGCGUAUGGGGUCUGCCUGCGGUGGUGUGUGACUGCUACAUCGCGAUGGACGUCACCUGCUCCACUUCCAGCAUAUUCAACCUGGUCGCCAUCUCUGUCGACAGGUAUAUAGCCGUAACUCAGCCAAUCAAAUACGCGAAGCACAAAAGCAAUGCUCGUGUAUGGACAAUGAUCGGUGUUGCCUGGCUGGUGUCUGGUGCUAUUGGCUCUCCCAUCGUGCUCGGGCUCAACAACACCCCAGAUCGAAGCCCCAACCAGUGCCUCUUCAACAACACUGACUACGUCAUCUAUUCCUCGCUGGGAUCUUUCUAUAUACCCUGCAUCAUUAUGAUGUUCCUGUAUUAUAAUAUAUUUAAGGCGAUACGUCAAAGAGCGAAAAAACAGCGGGUAGCGAAGAAAACUUCAUCAGCAUUAGGAUCAGCAGUAUCAAGCGGAGCUGCAGCGGUGGUGAUAGAGAAUAUGGCUCAAACCCAGCGCCUCACAGAAGCACUGCAAGAAGACAAACCAACCAAUACUGCUUCGGGCAGUAAUGAUGAAGUCGAUGACGAUGAUGAUAACUUCGGAAGGACAGAGAUGGGAGCAUAUGCGGAAGAGCUGGCGAAUACCAGAUCAGCGCGGUUCAUGCUGGCAGCGGUGGUAGAAGAGACUGGACUGAUCAUGGCUAAUUUAGCCUCACCCAUACCCAUGAUGGACCCAAACACCAACAAUGACUCUGGGUACGCGCCCUCCAACAUUGACGGGGAGACUAAGGAACACACACCUCCAGCCUCGCCCACGCCGAAAGAAGAAAAGAAGAGCCAAGAAGAGAAGACUGAGCCGCCCAAGAAACCAGAACUGAAGAAGAAACUUAGCCGUCUGGGCAGCAGUUCAAUAAUCACCACGCCCAGGAGACGGUUUAGGGGAUGUAGCGAGUCCGCUGCGAGGUUCACCAUCUUCAGGGCCAACCGCGCAGAGCUCAGAGCCAAGUCCUUCGCCAAGAAAGAGAAGAAGGCCACUCAGACCCUCGCUAUUGUAUUAGGUAAUGAAUUUGAAGUCUACUUUCUAUUAAAUGAUAAGAAUAGCAAAUAUAAUUAG